AUGAGAAUGAAGUGGACUCUUAUUGGCCUUCUACUUCUUUUCAACCUUGGCACAGUGAUAAGUCUCUGCGAAGAAAUGGGUAGCAAAAAUUCUCACACCAGAAAAUUGGCCAAUGAAGGAUGUAACAUUCAUUGUAAGGCACAGAAUCCACGCAGCUUUGGCUACUGCGGAACGAGCAUGAACUGCAUGUGCGUAGUUCGGGAGCCCAAAAAAUCUACAUCAAAGUGAUUUGAGCCUGAUUGGUCUU